AAAAGCUGUUCGCUACGCGCAAUCUUCAUAUUGUUCUAAGAUGUUGCGAAUCGUUUUACUCGCUGCUUUCAUCGUCGGGUGCCUCGGCUCUGUGCCGAGGCCGCUCCCUCUGUUUCCGGACUCUCAAAUCAUCGGAGGAAGCCAGGUCGACAUAGGUCAACAUCCGCAUCAACUGAGUUUGCAAACUAGCGGACACAUUUGCGGUGGCUCGAUCAUCAGUAGUAAUUGGGCCAUCACUGCAGCUCAUUGCGUGGGAUCAGCUCCGAGCCGAUAUACUAUACGAGUUGGUAGCAGUCACAAAGACUUGGGCACUCGUUAUGGAAUAAAAAAUAUCAUUCGACACCCUAAGUUCAAUUCGCAAACCAUCGAUUUUGAUGUCGCCCUUUUGGAGAUUGAUGGCAAAAUCAAGUUUGGUACGAAUGUGCAACCUAUAGAACUGGCAAACACGGAACCUUGGUCUAGUAAGAUGGUGAACGUGACUGGAUGGGGUGCGCUUAGGGAAGGUGGAUCGACUUCUGCACAGUUGAUGAGAGUAUCGGUUCCGAUAGUGAGCAAAUCGGAGUGUGGAGAUGCUUACAGGUACAUGAACGAGAUCACCGACAGAAUGAUAUGCGCCGGUUACACCUCAGGUGGAAAGGAUGCCUGCCAAGGUGACUCUGGUGGACCUUUGACGGCUGAUGGAAUCCUGUAUGGGCUCGUGUCCUGGGGCUAUGGGUGCGCCAAACCCCAAUAUCCUGGUGUUUACACGAACGUUGCUAAUCUACGGUCCUGGAUCAAGACCCACAGUGGAGUUUAAAAAAUAAUUAUCCUUAAAUUGUAAUUAAAAUACAAUGUAGUCGACGAAAUACUAUAUUGAUAUAACUAUGUAGCUAUAAUAAUAUUGCUGAAAUAUUAUUAAUAUCCUAAGGAGAGAAUGUAUUAUAUUUCUGAUAAAUAUUUUUCCGUAAACGUUAUUGCGUAAAUAUAAUAUAAAUCAUUACAAAAA